AAUACCUCCAUGUUCUUGCAUCCUCUACCCUAAUGGUGUCUAAUAUUGCACUUACAGUCUUUACUCCUGAACUCUCUGUUCCAGAACUCUCUUUUUGGUUUGCCUACCAGACAGAUUCAGCUGUCAAAUCCUGGCUUAAUUCUGCCUCCUUCUCGCAACUUAACUACCUUUUAAAACAGUUUCCACACAUCUAUCCGAGCCUUCCCCUCAUUUUUCUUGAUACUUUGGAUGCAGGAGCUCAUGCACAGUGCCUCCGAUACAUUUUUAUGUGCUGGAAAGUGACAAACUGCAAACAAAUUCCACAUGAACUCCAGUUGAAGAUUGCUCUUGCUGGUUCAAAGGGUAAUGAUGCUUUUGUUGUAGCUGGUACUGGCAGUGGUAAAACACUAGCUUCAGUCCUAAACCAACUACUUGUGGAAUCAGAUGAAGUCACUGUGAUGCUCUCUCCAUUGAAGAGGUUACAGCUAUCUCAUGUUGAAAGCAUUCAAGCUCUGUAUUCCAUUGAAACAGUUGCUAUUAAUGAAGAUACCACUAAUGACAAUAUAUUCUGGGAGGAGAAGGUUCAUGAUUUCCUGAACAAGCAACCAGGAUCUGCACGACUAUUUUUGGUAACACCUGAGCAGUGUUGGCGGAAUUCUGCAGGUCAUUUAACUAGAUGGGGACAUAUGAUUCGUCAACAUCAGUUCAAGAAGCGUGUACGCUACCUGAUUAUUGAUGAAUCACAUUCGAUCCCUACCCAAGGCAUUGCACAGUAUGGACUUCCUGCAUUCCGCCCUGCUUAUGGGCGCCUUGAUGAGCUACGUGUUCUCCUUGGUCCACAUAUAGUGUCUGUGGCACUUACUGCAACUGCUCCACCUCAUAUGUGUAAAGUCAUUUGUGCAAAAGCACUCCGUCCUAAUCAUACUUCCAUAAUCACAUCAUCCAAUCGGGCCAACACUAUUUAUGCCACUCAUACAGUCAUUGGUAGCAUUGACAACCUCGAAAACUACAAAUGUUUCAUUCAGCAGCCUUUCGAUCUUUCACUUCAGCCUCGUAUUCUCAUAUUUCGAGAGCAUAUGGCUGCAACAGUUGACCUUGCUCAAUAUCUCACAAGCUGUCUUCCUCCUGAGUAUCACCAUCUUGGCAUUAUCAAGCAUUACCAUAGUGGGAUGUCACCUACCUAUCUCAAAGAGACUCAUUAUGAGUUUGCUAGAGCAGGUGGAUCAUGUCGUAUCCUUGUAGCAACUUCUGCUGAGUCAACAGGGAUUGAUCAUAGGGGAAUAAAUAUAGUCUGUGUUGCAGGCUUGUCAAAGACUACUGCUCUGUUAUUACAGGAAUAUGGCCGUGUCAUGAGGCAGCUUGGAUGUUUUGGUCUUGCUGUUUUAUUCUCAGAACAGUGGGUGCUUGAUCUAGAUCCUGAAGACUUCACUACCUGGGAUUGUGAGGAUCUUGACCGUCCCUGUGGCUAUUUGAAACAGAAUGCAUCUGCCAAAGAUCGUGCUCCCUUUUCACUUGUUGUUCUGGUUCAAACAUCCAUGUGUUUACGAUUAUUUUUUGCCACUUAUCUUGGUGAUGCAUCUCCUGAAGCAUGUAACUAUUCUGGUCCAUUCUGUUGUGACCGACAUCCUGGCAGUGGAUUCACCUUACAGGCUUUUCUUCCUGGUCCACUGCUUACUGUUUCCGAGUCUGAUGUUCCUUCAGCCGAAACUUCAGAAAAGCGAAAACACAAAUCGGUUCGACCCUUGGCACAACGCAAAGCUCUCUAUAGGACACUUCAGGAAUGGCUGGAGAAUGCUCAUUGCAAUGAUCGAUUAUCAGCAAUACGUCCCCGCUAUUACAUUCUGUCAGAUGCAAAUAUCAAAACUCUUGCUAAUGCAAAGGUUGGUGAACUCCAGUGUCACUCUGAUGUCACCAAUCGGAUUGCGCAAACAGCAGAAUGGGGUGUUAAAUGGGCCACCAGCAUUUCUCAAGUUAUUGUGGACUUCGAUAGUGCUAUAUUAGCCUCUCAGCACAGUGCUGCAAAGCGUGCUCACAAAAAGGCAAAAAUUGGGGAGUCUUCAUAUCCUUCUGCUGAAUUCAUUGUUGACAGUGAUGUUGAUGAUGAUAUAAUGGAAGCAUUUCUCCAAGAUGAAAAGAGUAGUCGAAAAACCCAAGCUGAUCUUCGCCGGGUUUUGCAAAUCAAAACAAAUUUUAUUUAA